UGUGUCAUGCAUGUUUUUAUGUAGCACUCUGUUGUCGUCCAACAUGGAAGUGCCAAACCCAAUCGCAUAUGUAGCUACAAAGCUUGGUGUCAGGGUAGAAGAGGUCAACUUUGUAUUUUGCCAGUGCACUGCCUUAAUAUAUUCCUAUCUCUUCCGAUGGUACCUGAACCCAAGAUGGGUUUCCCCGACCUCCCGUCACCUUGCACAAAUCCUUCUAGGGUUGUCACUGGCCUGCGUGUCUUUUGGAUGGGGUGUUUUUCAUAUACUUUUAGGAGCUGGCGUGGCCUACUUGAUGAUACUUUUCUUUAACCCCAAAAUGAUGCAGUAUUACGUUUUGGUAUUUACUAUUUUGCAUCUGUCUUGGGUUCAUCUCUACAUGCAAGUGAGGAAUGCUGGGGUCGGUAAUCUUGACUACAUAGGGCCAUUGAUGAUUCUUACAGUGAAACUAAGUGCUCUUGCUUUCAGCAUCCACGAUGGCUUUACAAAAGAUGAGGCUAGCUUGACUAAGCUUCAGAAAGAAUUGGUUGUCAGGAGAUAUCCGAGAUUCCUUGAGUUUUGGAGCUACAUCUUCUGCCCCCAGGGCCUCCUGGUUGGCCCCGUCUGUUUCUUCAGCAGCUACAUCGAUUUCAUCGAGGGCAAGAACUUUUCACGCAAAGUCAAAGAUGAAAACGGAGAGGAGAAGAUCAUUUUUGAUGAGCCGUCCUCAAAGUGGGCUGUUACUACAAAGCUUCUUUUCACUGUUUUUUGCUGCAUCGUGCUUGUAAAAGUUGCACCCAAAUACCCCAUCAUGGCAAAUGUUUCUGAUGAAGUCCUAAACAGGUCUUUUCUGUACAGGUUCGGCUAUCUGCUCCUGUCCAUUGAAGUCGCCAAAUCAAAAUAUUUUACUGCGUGGGUCUGGGCGGAUGCUAUAAACAAUGCAGCAGGAUUAGGGUUCAGCGGCUAUGACAAGAAUGGUCAUCCGACGUGGGCGGGGAUCACGAAUGUCGACAUUGUCAAGUUUCAGACCGCCACAAGCUUGAAGAUGUUGAUUGACAACUGGAACAUCCGUAGCGCCAAGUGGCUGAAGUUUGUGUGCUACGACCGUGUCCCGUUCAGCAAGCGCUUCUUUACGUUUCUACUGUCUGCCAUUUGGCAUGGGUUCUACCCGGGUUACUUUGCGACUUUCAUCUCGGCCCCCCUUUUUGUUUCUGCCUCCUUUAAAGUCCGUUAUUUGGUCAGACCUUAUUUCUUAUCAUCAACGCAGCUGAAAUUAUUCUACGAUGUCAUCACGUGGGCGUGUACCUAUAUAUCUCUGGCCUACGUCAUCGUGCCCUUCUCAUUUCUCAAACUGGACCUCACCCUGAAAUAUUUCAACUCCGUCUACUGGUGUCUGCACAUCUUGUGUCUUUUGAUCCUCCUCACGUUUCCCUCCAAGCCGAAGCCGGGAAAACAUAAAUCCGGCGAGAAGACCGACCAGAACGGCUUAAGCACCCCCCAUCAAGGUGACUACGCCCACACGAAUGGAGCGCCCAGCAUCCGUGAUGUGGUGUCGGACACUCAGGGUACGGAGGGCAGGAAAGAGAGGUGAAGUUACGACCUGAUUGGUCAGGAUUUUUAAUUUUCAGAUAACACUCUUUCCUUCAUCCCCGGCUUUCAAACAUAUUGUAUGGUGAUGAAUGUACAAUGUAAUUAAUGAAAAAGGUAGGAGGUUGAUGGUAAGAGUGUUGUGUAUGAAUAUAUUGUAGUCCUGAAUUCACUGUAUGCAGUCGUAAAAUAAACGGUGAAAUGCAAUAGCGCCAUGUCAGAGUAUCAAAGCAGUUUAGGAGGUUCCACUUGUGGCUGUGCGAUCUGGUGCGAUGGACUCAAGUUCUGUUAUUUACAGAAUGUGUAGUCAGUCACCACACCUGUGUCCUUGAGCAACGUACUUUACCAUAGUUGCUUCUCUCCAGAUAGGUGUGCAAAUGGGUACCAGAGAGAGCUGGGGAGUAACCUGUGAAGGACUGACAUUCUGUCCAGGGGAAAUAGAAAUAUUCUUAGUCGACCAGCCUGAUGAGACAUAUUGGCUUGGGACGUACAUGUACUUUACUUACUUGUUUUCAAAACCUUCCACAGUGAAUACAUACAUGUAUGUUUAUCUGCCCACCUAAAAACACUUAUUUACAAACCUUGGGAAGGUAAUAACAUUCAUUUACGCAGGCCUACAAAAAAUUCUUUGAGAGGGCAAGGCCAUUUUCAUGUUGCACAGGGCACAUUGGAAAGUCUCAAAAGUCUAAGGGAAAUUUUUAAAGGGGCGCCAAGGCCAAAACCAGGGGCUGUGGCUUCGGUGUCAUUCCUAGGCCUAUGCAGUGAAAGAAAGUGUAUUUGUUGUUACAGCGUUCUCCCUUAACACUGGUCUGCUGGCCAAAUGCCAGUUAAAGACAGUAGACACUAUUGAUAAUUGUCAAAGACCAGUCUUCUCACUUGG